GUUUAUGUUUAUUUUAUUUCAAGCAAUAUUUUGUAUUAAUUUAUCAGUUGUUUCUGUACCUGUGUCGCUUUUAUCCAGAGACUGAAACAGUCACGUGGUUUUCAGCUGACUGUGAUGUCGAACGUCAUAGAUCACGUGUUCAUGGCUUCGAAUCUUCGGCGUCGAAUGUAAACAUCUGUUCUUUCGAAUCUUUUCAAAACGCGUUCGAUUUCGUAUAACCGCGCUCCAGCGGACUCUUUCCCGGCAGUAAAGCGUGGACACGGAGACGCACUGUGAGGGUGUAACGCUGGAGAACAUGUUACUCCUCCUACCAGCAUGAGAAGAAGACGCGCCUCAGACAGGAGGAACUAACGUUACUUCAGCUGAGCUCCUGAUGACAGCCUGCUGUAAAGAUGGAGUUUAUUAAAGAGGAGACUGAGAACACAAGUGCUCCUGAACCCUGCAGAAUUAAACAAGAAGAUACUGAGGAACAAAUAGACCUGAUGGAAGCGAAUGAAGUGGAGGAGAAGCAGCAUCAGCAUCACUUCACAGCUGGAGACAAAUCAGGAGGCAAAAAUUAUUUCAUCUGCCCGCAGUGCGGAAAGAGUUUCCCACAUAAAGGAGACCUUAAUAAACACAUACGGAUCCACACCGGAGAGAGACCGUUCAUGUGCAUUCAGUGUGAAAAGAGUUUUACGCAGAAAGCAAACCUUAACAGACACCUGCGCGUUCACUCUGGAGAAAAGCCCUUCACGUGUCCUCAGUGCGGACGGAGCUUCACGUCCACCAGCAUCCUCAAACACCAUCUGCGCUCUCACUCCGGAGUGAAGUCGUUCAGCUGCGAUCAGUGCGACAAGAAUUUUAUUUUAGCCAAACUGUUGAAAAGACAUCUGAAGACGCAUGCAAACCAGAAGCCGCACUUGUGCUCUUUCUGCGGGAAGAGUUUUUCACAAUUGGACUAUUUUGUCGAGCACCAGAAAAUGCAUAUCGGUGGGAGACCUCAUAAAUGCUCCGAGUGUGGAAAUGCCUUUAAUACGGCCGAUUCCUUGAGACGACAUCAGAGGAUUCAUACCGGAGAGAAACCGUACAUUUGCUCACAUUGUGGAAAGGGUUUCAUUCAGUCGGGACAUUUGAGAGCGCAUGAGAGAUUGCAUACAGGAGAGAAGCCGUAUCAGUGCUGUUCAUGUGAGAGGAGCUUCACACAUUCAAGUAAACUAUUGACUCAUGUUAGAAAGCGUUGUCCGAAGUUGUUGUCCAUCACUUUAAAGGAAUAGUUCACCCAAGAAUAAAAAUUUGCUGAAAAAAUAAUCACUCUCAGGGCAUUCAAGAUUAGGAUGAGUUUGUUUCUACAUCAGAUUUGGAGAAAUGUAGCAUUGCAUCAGU